AUGCCUACGCUCGCCGCUCUCACGAUUUACGCCUUUGGUCUUACAGCCUUCGCGGCUGGGAUCAUGCAUCUACUUUCCCCUUCUAGCGCUACAGCCUCGCUCGGACUUCCGGACUCUUGCAUGCCUGCAACAAAUGGCAACUCUCUUGCGGCUAUUGCAAUGGGCAUCUACUACACCCUGGCUGCAUACCAAGAAAAUCGAACAUUCUUCUAUCUGACUGUUCCGAUGAGGAUGUUAACGAGCACGGUCUUCUGGAGUCAAGGCGGAAACUGGAAGAUGGCUAGUAUCUGGGAAGGAGGAGGUGCUACCAUUACUGCCCUGGCGUUGUACUUCGGUAGUUGA